CUCUUUAGUUGGAUCAACUUUCACACAGUGUAUAUUCUCGGUAGUGGAUGGAUGGUGCGAAACGUUUCCGUAGAACGUUUUUCUCUUUUUUCGUGAUAUCGUUAAUCAUAAAAAAAAACAUAUAUUAUGUGUAUAUUAGGAUUUUUCAAAUUAGAACAGAAGUAUCUUCUUAAAUUGAAACCAAUACGUUUUUUAACGCAUAGUAUACGUAAUACUAGUACUUUAAAAGGAAGAGUUAUAGCGAUAAGACGAGAAGAUCAAUCAGUAUGGGAAAGACGAGCACCAUUGGCACCAUCGAACGUUCGCCGAUUAGUCAGAGCAGGUGUAAAAGUCAUUGUUCAACCUAGUAAUAGAAGAGCUUAUCCGGUGCAAAGUUAUCAGGCAGCGGGUGCUCUCGUACAAGAAGACAUCAGUUCUGCAUCUGUCAUUUUUGGAGUCAAACAAGUACCGGUCGAUCAUCUGAUACCUAAUAAAACCUAUUGUUUCUUUUCUCACACGAUAAAGGCACAAGAAAAUAAUAUGCCGUUGUUAGAUGCGAUUUUGGAAAAAAAUAUACGUCUAUUGGAUUACGAAAAAUUGACUGAUCAAAACGGACAAAGAGUUGUGGCGUUUGGUAAAUACGCUGGGGUUGCUGGUAUGGUCAACAUAUUGCAUGGAUUAGGGCUUAGAUUACUUGCAUUGGGUCACCAUACACCGUUUAUGCAUAUAGGACCAGCACACAAUUACAGAGAUUCGUCAAUGGCAAGACAAUCUAUAAGAGACGCUGGAUACGAAAUUGCAUUGGGCGCAAUGCCGAAAUCAAUCGGACCUUUGACCUUUGUUUUUACGGGCAGUGGAAACGUAAGUCAAGGUGGCCAAGAAGUAUUUCAAGAACUUCCUCACGAAUAUGUACCACCGGAAAUGCUUAGAAAAGUAGCGGAACAUGGAGAUACCACGAAAAUUUAUGCCUGUGAAGUAAGACGAAGGCAUCAUUUGGAAAGAAAAGAGGGCGGUGGUUUUGAUCCGGAUGAAUACGAUAAACAUCCAGAAAGAUAUAUAUCUACGUUUAGCAAAAAGAUAGCACCUUAUACUUCGGUUAUAAUAAAUGGUAUUUAUUGGGCUAUUGAUUCCCCUAAAUUAUUGACCAUACCAGAUGCAAAGUAUUUGUUAAGACCUGCCAAUACACCUUGGUUACCUAUCAGCGUUGGUGCACCAGCUUUGCCUCAUCGAAUGUUAGCGAUUUGUGAUAUAUCAGCUGACCCUGGUGGGAGUAUAGAAUUCAUGAACGAGUGUACAACGAUCGAUACACCAUUUUGUCUUUAUGACGCUGAUCGUAACAAAGACACGAAGUCAUUCAAAGGUCCAGGAGUCUUAGUAUGUUCGAUCGAUAACAUGCCAACGCAACUUCCCAAAGAAUCUACAGACUUUUUCGGCAAUCUUUUAUAUCCGUAUGCUCUUGAAGUUAUAAUGUCGGACGCUAAGAAGCCAUUGGAGGAACAUAAUUUUAGUCCGGUCGUCAAUGACGCCAUAAUCGCAUCGAAUGGAAAGUUAACGCCAAAUUUUGAAUAUAUCCAAGAACUUCGACAAUUGAAUCAUCGAAGUAGACAUAAAGCUGAUAACGGGGAUAAACAAAAUAAAACGGUUGUCAUAUUAGGCGCUGGUCAUGUUUCAGCACCAGUCGUCGAAUAUCUUCACAGAGAUAACAGUAUCAAACUGGUAGUAGUAUCUCAAUUGAAAGAUGAGGCUGAUGCAUUGGCCAAUCGAUUUCCUGGUGUUGAACCUAUAUUCUUAAAUGUUCUUGAAAGACCAGAUAUCUUGGAGGAUAUUAUUAGAUCGGCACACGUUGUUGUAUCUUUAUUACCCUAUUCGUUGCAUCAUGUUAUAGCUAAGGCUUGCAUCGAGACUAGAACACACUUAGUAACAGCUAGUUACAUGAAUAACGAUGUUAAGGAGCUUCACGAGGAAGCCGUUGCCGCAGGAAUUACCGUUUUGAACGAAAUAGGUCUCGAUCCUGGUAUAGAUCAUUUGUUAGCUUUGGAAUGUUUCGAUGACGUACGAAAAGCUGGUGGAAAGAUUGAAUCGUUCGUCUCAUGGUGUGGUGGUUUACCCGCACCAGAAUGCUCUUUUAAUCCUUUAAGAUACAAAUUUAGUUGGUCGCCUAAAGGUGCUUUGUUAAAUACGUUGGCACCAGCUAAAUAUCAUCGAGAUGGCCAGGAAGUAGAAAUAUCAGGUGGUGGUGAUUUAAUGUCCGCUGUACAAUCUCUAGACUUUCUUCCUGGAUUUGCAUUGGAGGGAUUUCCUAAUCGAGAUAGUACUAUAUAUCGUGAACUUUAUGGAAUUCAGAAUGCUAGCACCGUAUUACGUGGUACCAUAAGAUUCAAAGGAUUUUCUGAUACCAUACAGGCAUUGCAAUAUCUUGGACUUAUUGAUCCUAAUCCUCAUCCUAUUCUUCAUCCCAGUGGGCCAGAUAUUACAUGGAGAGUAUUGAUAUGCAAUUUACUUGGAUUGGCAAACGAUAAAAUCUUCUUUGAGAAUCUCAAACGAAAAAUCGCGGAAAGGGUAAAUUCGGAGGAACGUGUACAAGCUAUCGAAGAUUUAGGAUUAUUGGAAGAAGAUUUAGUAUUGAAAUUGAAUACACCUUUGGACACAUUAACUCAUUAUCUUUCGAAGAAACUUUUUUACGAAAAGAACGAACGAGAUCUUGUUAUUCUGAGACACGAUAUUGGUGUAUUGUGGCCUGACAAUAAAAGAGAAGCUAAAGGAAUUAAUUUGGUAUUGUAUGGCGAUGUAAAAGGACAUUCCGCUAUGGCUCGUACCGUUGGAUAUCCCGCUGCUAUUGCCGUUAAAAUGAUUUUAGACGGUGAGAUUCAACAAAGAGGUAUGUUAUUACCAUUUACUCCGGAUAUUUAUCGACCGAUACUUCAUCGUCUUAAAGCGGAAGGUGUGGAGUCCUUUGAAACUUCCAGAUGGUUAUAAAUUAUUUUUGAUUACGUUGCUUGUUCUUUGUAACUAUAUAUUAAGAUGUUUACAUCUUUCACUUUUAUAUCAUUUCACUUUUAUUCCGUUUUUAAUCGAACGGAAAUAAAAAUUAUACUAUUUAAUUUGAAGGGUAAAAAAUACACACACAUAAAUAUAUAUAUAUAUAUAUAUAUAUAUAUAUUUAUAUAUAUAUAUAUAUAUUUAUGUACGGACACGAUCGAGUCGUUUUAUAACGCCAAAGUACUUUGAUUUAUUCACUUAGAGCAAAGUUAAUCAUUCACAAAAAUGGAAAUAUUCCUUUUUGUUUACAAACGAAUUGCUCUUAUCUCUCUGGCAGCUAAAAAUCUUACAAUUAAUGACUCCUUAGUAAUCCUUCAUCUUAUUAACAUUAUCCCAUAACAGAGAUUACGGAUUAUUAAUUACAUUUAAUUUCGACAGUGUUAAUGUUUUUUAUCUAACGAACAUUCCUAUAGAACGCUAUAGUCAAACUUUGUACGUAACAACAAUGAUUUUUAUCGUUAGACAAUGAUGUGUAUUUAUAAUUUAAUGUAAUGUAUUUUAUUUCGAAAACUUAGAUUUAAUAACAUACACGUAUGAUAUCGUACAAGGAACGUCGAAAACCAAAAAUUUUAUAUAACGACA